AUGAGAGGUUUGAUUCCUACUUCGCCUCACCUGUGGAUCAUUUUGGGUGACUUUAAUUGUUGCCGUUUUGCUAAUGAAAAAGCUGGUGGUAUUGAGCUUUUACCUAGCAGGCUUGGGGAACUCAAUAACUUCAUUUUUGAUGGGGGAGUUCAUGAUUUUCCCUCUGUUGGUUUGUUUUACACUUUGUCCAACUUGCAGAUCAGUCAACCUAUUCACAUUAAGCUCGACAGGAUGCUUGUUAAUGUUGAAUUUCUGUAUGUUUUUCCACAAGCUUAUUACAACAUCUUACCUACGGCCAACUCUGAUCACUCCCCUUUGGUGUUAUUAGCAGCUCCCAAAUCCCACACGCCUCGUCGUUUUCUUUUUAAAAAUUACUGGAUUCAUAUGGUUAAAUUGAAGGAUAAGGAUCGGUCUUCUUCUCACUAUCUUUCUAAGUCCAUUUUGGAAUUUAAGAGCAAGCAUCAUGAUUGCCUUUCUAAGAGCAAGCAUCAUGAUUGCCUUUUGGCACUCCAAAAUCAACCUUUGGAUUCUGAACUUAACAAUAAUUUGAAGACUAUCAAAGAGCAUCUUAUUAAGCUCCAAGCUUCUUGGGCUUCGUGGAUUUCUCAGAGGGCUAAAGAGCAUUGGCUUUCCAAAGGUGAGGAUGAUCUUGGUUUCCUCUAUGCUAAAAUUCGGUCCAGGGCCAACCUUAACAUGAUUAGGGAAAUCUCUUUCCCUUGGGGGCAUUUCACUAAUCAUAAAGAUAUUGUUGAGGUCCUCAUAUUGCACUGUACUGAUUCCUUCAAUGCCCCUAAGCCGCUUAACGCUCUCAACUUUAAUAUUCCUUCUGGAAAAGUGAUUCCUGACAGUUUACUUCCAACCCUUUUAGCUCCCUUUUCUAAUGAUGAAAUUAAGGAGGCGAUUUUUCCUGGGCAUAGUUUUUCUGCUCCGGGUCCAGAUGGGUUCACUUUUGCUUUUUAUAAACUCUCUUAG